UAAAAUUGUGGCUCAGAAAGUCGCACAAAACACCUCUUCAAAGCUCCCAAAAUAUCCACUUUUCGUAUCCUUCACUUUCUCCGACUCACCUUCACUUCUCUUCUUCACAAAAAACUCCAUGGCAACCAGGCCCUCAGCCUACUCACAAAAUUACCUUUUUACCUCUCCACCCUCCUCCUCCACUACCCAUCGCCGAGCCUUACCGUUCCGUCCUCAUGCUCCAACCACCCACCACGCAUUGUCCCUGAAUUACCAUUUUGCUCCUCCAAAAACCACACCCACAUGCCGGAAACUUACGUGUAAGGCGGCGGAAGUGUCGGUGGCGGAGGAGUCUUCGGCGUCUGGAGACGGGGGAGACAACUGGGUACCGGUUGUGCCGUUGGCGGCGCUGCCGAAGGGAGAGCGGCGUGUGAUUAUACAAGAUGGGGAGACGAUAUUGCUUUUGUGGUAUAAAGAUGAAGUUUUUGCUAUCGAAAAUAAGUCUCCUGCUGAAGGUGCUUAUACUGAAGGGUUGCUCAAUGCCAAACUUACCCAGGAGGGUUGUAUAGUUUGCCCUACAACUGAUAGCACAUUUGAUCUUCGCACUGGAGAAAUCAAAGAAUGGUAUCCGAAAAACCCUGUACUGAGAUUACUUACUCCUGCUUUAAGGACACUGUUUGUUUAUCCUGUAAAAACUGAUGAAGAAAAUAUUUACAUCAAUAUGAGAGGAGCUGUAAGUUCGGAUGCAUCUGCAGAGAUUGUUUUUAGUGGGAAAGCUCAACCCGGAGUAACUGCAACAGAUGUCAACGUUGAAGAGGUGAAAAUGGUGGUCGAUGAAGAUCUAGAGGGGUUUGGCUUCACUGGAACAAAUGAAUUGAUAAAUGGGAAAGCUGCUGUAAUUGGCUUUCUUUUGUUGUUAGAUUUUGAACUCUUGACUGGUAAGGGCCUUCUCAAAGGAACUGGCUUCCUGGACUUUAUCUAUUCUGUUUCAAAAGCUUUAAAAUAGAUUUAAACAUUUUUCUUAAAAAAUGAGAAGAAUUUCUCUCUAGAAAAAUGGAUUAAUUUUUUGUACAACACUUGAGUAAUUUUUUCCUUUUUUAGUCAUAACACAUUUUGAUGUACAAUCUCAUUGAACCUUCAAAUAUAUUCACUUGCUGUUGUAUAUUGUAUGAAAAUUGGAUGAUUUGAUCUUUUAUUUAUGUUCCAAAUUCAGUAAGAUUGAUUUUCUGUA